CUUAGUAUUUAACAUUUUCACACUUUUCUUAUGAAGAAUUAGCAAAACAUGACUAAUACAUCCAGCAUUGUUAUUUUUACACUUACUGGCUUCAGUGCCACAACCAACUAUAGAGGAUUACUUUUCUCUCUCACUUCGCUAUGUUAUGGUGCAAUUCUGGUGGUAAAUGUGGCUCUGAUUUUGACCAUAGUCUUGGAUCAAAACCUACAUGAACCUAUGUACAUUUUUCUGUGUAACCUGUGUGUCAAUGGACUGUAUGGUACUGCAGGCUUUUAUCCUAAAUUUACACAUGAUUUGCUGUCUGAUGUUCAUGAAAUAUCAUAUUUUGGAUGUUUUUUGCAAGUCUUUGUGAUAUACACCUAUGCAACAAUUGAUUUCUCUAUUUUAGCUCUUAUGGCUUAUGACAGAUAUGUGGCUAUAUGUCGACCACUAGAGUAUCACUUGAUAAUGUCUGUGCAAAGACUUGCUAUCCUCAUUAGUGUGUCCUGGAUUGUUCCUAUCCUUUGUGAGGUGAUAGUUUUAAGUUUUACAUCCAGACUUAAAUUAUGUGGCUCCCGCAUACAGAAACUAUAUUGUGAGAACUGGUCAAUUGUUAAACUUGCUUGUAGUACCACAACAACAAACAACAUAGUGGGAUUGAUUAUUAUUGUCUUUUAUUGUGCUCAUGUUCUGUUCAUUGUGUGUACAUAUGUUAAUUUGGUAAAAGCAGCUUUGAAGUCCAAAGAGGGCAGGAAAAAGUUUCUACAAACAUGUGUGCCACACUUAUUGUGUUUGUUUAACGUUACAGCUGCUUUACUCUUUGACGUUAUCUACACUAGACUUGGAUCAGCAUCUGUGCCCCAAAGUGUAAGGAACUUUAUGGCUAUACAGUUUCUCAUGAUACCUCCUAUUAUCAACCCCAUCAUUUAUGGACUAAUCCUUACUAAAAUUCGAUGUAGGAUGACAACUUUGUAUAUGAUGGCAAGUCAAAAUUGUAAAUUUAGGCUUAAGAUGUGAUAUAGUAAAUUGGUGCAUGUCUAGACAUAAAUACUGUACUUGUAUGUGGUCAAAGUAAAAAGUAAGUAAACUGUUUCUAAAACCAUCUUUUAUACUUUAUUAUUCAUACAUCAGAAUGCUAUGACACUAAUGUCAAAAUGUGAUGUACAUAGUUUAAUGCUUGGAGGUAUUCUGAAUCGGGAAAUCAAAAA